UAGAGUAUAGAAUAGACAAGACAAAACUACUCUACCUACUCUACUAGCAUUGCCCGUGGUUGCUUAACCAAUAUAAUCUCGGGGAAUUCUGAUAAAAGCUUAUUACUCCUAAUGUUACAAUUGAAUUGGUGGAUUAUAACCAUCACAAUAUCACAAAAAACGUGAGUGACAAAAAUCCUAAACAACGGAAGCGCUUCGGCAGCAGGGGACCGGUUGAUUCUUUACACAAAUUUUCAAUGUGUUCUGGAAAUGGUUUGCAAAGAGGACGUGGUAUCAUGGUUUAAAGAAUUGGAAAGUUAUAAACGCAUAGACGCAAUGUGUACAUUGUUAAAUAUGUGCUUGCCAUUUGAACUACGUUUCAUUGGCACAUAUCUCGAAGAGCUCGGAAAGCGCGACUUCCAAGAGUUGCGUGGUGCCGAACUUCGAGCAAACAAUCCUUCAGACUUGGCUGCAGACAUCGGUGGCGCGAACACAGAUCCUCGAACACGACGGAAAAUGGCUUUGUACGUGUCACUGUUACGCUCGUGCAACUUCGCAUGUGCCACUACUUUGUACAAUGCCAUGGUCAGUUUGGAGAAGAGUGGUUUGUUGAAAGGUUUAUACGGUGAUCUCUUGGAAGAAAUAUUACUACUAUACACCAUGGCGCUUCAUCAUCCUGCAUUCACAUUUGAUCAAAAGUCACAUUUUGGUGAAAUAUUAGAUAAAUUGAAAGUGGAAGACCAGCGGUGUCAGUUCCAAGAGCAGGCUGAGCAUAUGAACGUGGCGCCAGUGAGCAGUUGUCACGCGCAGCCCACUGUCGCACCCAACAUGUCAGUGCCCCCGCCGGCACUCUCCAGCUUAGGGCCGCCACCAAACAUCAUGUAUGUCAAAUCACCCGGGAUACAGCCUCAAAGCUCGGAAGGUGUGCCUCCGGAACUCAGUUCACCACCAGUCCUAAGUGGGGCUGGUGGCCCAGUCCCAAUGCUAGGGGAGGUCACACACCCGCCGCCAGGCUUGCCAUUACCACAGUACAACAUGGCAGAGUACAUGGGACAACAUCCAUGGCCUGCCAACAUCAUUGUGUCGCCACUAACUCAACCUAUUGAGGUUAUAAACUACCCGGUGAACGCGGGCGGGACGGGCGGGACGGGCGGCGCGGGCCCGCCGACGUCGCCGCUGGUGUCGUCGGGCGGGGCCUCGCGCGCCGGCUCGCCGCGGCGGCGCCGCCCGAGCCGCGAGCGCUCGCCGCCCGCGCUGGCCGCCGCCAUGCCGCCGCCGCCGCCCGACCAGCAGCUCCCGCAUCUCACCGCUAACUUUGACAAUCUCGCCGUUAAUGAGGUACGACACACAAUGGACGACAGGUUACGCGAAAUAAGCGCAAUGCAGCAACAGUACCGGUCGCUGGAGAAGCUGAACGGCGUGCGGAGACGGGCGGGCGCGUACCUGCCGGCGCGCUCGUCGUCGGACUCGGGCUCCAGCGCCGCGUCCAGCCCGCCCGGCACGCCGGCGCCGGCGCCGCGUCGUGCUCCGCCGCCCGUGCCCUACCUGUACCCGCGCCAGUACGGCUACCCGCCGCCGCCGCCCGCCUACCGCCCGCCGCCGCCGCCCUUCGCCAACGGCGAGCCGCCGCCCUACCCCGCGCCGCAGCCCUACGGCGCCUUCGUGCCCGUGCUGUACGCGCCGCCCAAGCUGUCCUGCUGGAACUGCGGCGCGGCCGGCCACGCGGGCCACGAGUGCAAGGAGCCCAGCAUGGAGGAGAUCACGCGCGCGGGCGGCUACCAGCUCGACUUCGGCGCGCCGCCGGAGCCCGCCGACAAGUAGCCCCGCCGCCGCCGCGGCCGGCAGUGACUUACCAAAGUGUCAGGGUAGAGGACGUUCGCGAUCCACCGCCGUUCUCGCGCCGUUCGGCCGGCGGCCGGGUGUGCUGUGCGUUCUCGCGUGCUGACAUUCCCGCGUCGAUGGACGUCCGGUCGUUACGCGUGGGGAUUUCAGAACGGUCAUUAGAUAUGAAUAAUGUUUAAGAGUAAUUGCACUUUUGAUUUAUCCGUCUUGAGCGGACCGAAUCGAUUUGGAAAAAAAUCUUUAGUUUAUCAGAUCAAACUACAGACUGCAUAAUAUUUCUGUAUUUAUAGGCAUUUUGAUCUGUAACUGAUGUGCUAUUCCUGUAUGUAUAAGAAUGUGUGAUUGUGCCCAUUGGUGAAGAUGGGUAUUGAUAAUUGAGAUUAUGCUGAUAAUUUUGCGUUCACCUAAUUACGGAUAGUCCUUUUUCAUUUCAUCUUUAUCCAUGGGACGAUUUUCGUUAAUUGAUUGCAUGUACAUAUUUUCUUUGCUCAGUGAACUAAAAGUUUUAGGUUAGUGACAAAAAUGUAAGUAUAAUGUUUUUUUAGAUAGCUAGGAGGCAGAGAUACUUUGCACUCGUUUUUCACAACCAAUUUUGCACAUUAUAACCAGUCCAAAUUGAAAGUGCAAUUAUGAAUAGACAUCAUUUUUAUGUUUGAAAUUCCGUAUAUUACAUAUUUUGGACACAAAAAUGACAGCAGCAUCUAUCUAGUUGUACAGUCUAUUUUUUUGCUAUGUUAACCCAAAACAAUGCAAAAUUAAUGUCUCGUAAUAAACUUUAUUUCAACUGAUAAAAAUCCAAUGAAAUUGGAUUAUAAAAGAAAAAAAAAUACUGCCUACGUAAAAGUAGAAAAUUUGUUUGCAUUGUAUUGCGUGUGCCAUAUUGAAUGAAUUCUGUUAAAAAAGACUGUGUUCUACACAUACACAUACCCCAGUGAAAAAAAUCUCACAACGAGCAUUUAUGUUGAUCGGUAGCUUAGCUUAUAAUCUACAUUAAAAUAGAAAACAAACAACCGUCAGAUCCCCAACGAUCUCAAUCUAUCAGUGAGGAUCGUUGGCUAAUUCACUAACAAUACCUACCUAAACCUAAAUUUGAAAAAGACUGGAAAAUAUAAUCAUUUCAUAUUUUGAAUUAUGUAAAUGUUCCAUUGAAAUCAUUACCUAACCGUCGUGACGUUUCAGUAUGUACAUCACUAUUAGUACAAGUCUACAUUUUAUAAGCAGUUUUAAGAUGUCCAUAAUGUGUUUCAUAUACUUUGGGGUCAUCCAUUAAUUACAUCACACGUUUAGGGGGAGGGAGGGGCUUAAGAA